AUGAUUGAUGAAGGAUCGGCCCAGGAGCUGAUGGAGCAGCAUGUCUCUAACAGGUGUCUUGGCUGUCCUGUUGCUGUCGAUCAGAAAGUAUCUGCAAUCUUGGAAAAUGUCACCUUAAAGUGUUUUGUAACUGUGAAGGAAAAUGUAACUCAGAUCUCCUGGGAGAAGCAAGAACGUGGGACUACAGAUACUGUUGCAGUGUUUCAUCCAAAAUAUGGAAUUUCAAUACAAGGAAAUUAUUCAGGAAGAGCUGAGUUCACAAAUCCAUCUUCAAAAGAUGCAACCAUUCUUAUUACCAAAGUUGGAUUUUCAGACUCUGGAAACUACAUCUGCAAGGUGGUCACUUUUCCAUUGGGAAACUACCAAGAAACAAGCACGGUGACUGUGAUUGUUGAACCCACAAUAACUGUGGGGGGUGGUCCUGAACCACUUAUAGAUGGUGCCAAUGCGACAGUUGCAGCAGUAUGCACAGCAGCUCAUGGAAAACCUGAAGCAGUUGUUUCCUGGGAAAGUGAUCUUAUUGGAGAACAGGAGCUGACAAAGAUUUCUGCUCCAAAUGAAACUGUCACUGUUAUCAAUCGAUUCAAGAUCAUUCCAUCCCGAUUUGUGAGGAAGAGACCAAUAACCUGCAUAGUGAGUCAUCCGCCAUUGAAUACCACUAUUCGAGUCCCAUAUUCCUUGGACGUACAGUAUGCACCUGAAGUAACUAUGAUGGGAUAUGAUGGAAACUGGUUUGUUGGAAGGCAAAAUGUGCAACUCAAAUGUAAAGCUGAUGCAAACCCAUCACCUUCUGCAUACAUAUGGAGCAGGUUGGAAGAACAGCUACCAGAGGAUUUGCAGAUUGAAAAUGAUACUCUAACUUUCAACAGACCACUCAACCACAAUGAUUCUGGUAUUUAUAUUUGUGAGGUAGUGAACAUUCAUGGACACAGAAAAAAACAAAAGGUUGUCCAGAUAAAAGAUCCUCCGACUACUACUCCGUUGUGUACAACUGCACCACAAAUUAUUCAUUUGCAAGCGUAACAGGUUUGGAUGGUUUUACACCCAAGAUUCAGAUUCCUCCAUCAACCCUGGCAUCUGUGAAGAAUGAUAACUUAGGAACUAUGAUUGGAGGUGUGGUUGGUGGUACACUUCUGCUCAUGC